AUGCACAUUUCGUAUCCUUUGCUAGAUUUUCUGCCAGUGGCAAAUGUGGCGUUUGCGCUGCUCCAUGGUUACAGAGACGUUCUGGAUCGUUCGGCGUGGCCUGCUCUUGGCAGGCCCCUAGGAUGGGGCGAUGAUUCCACGACGGGUGCUAUACCUGAAAUUCCAUCAGUACUGCAUAAUCCGCCGGACUACGGUAUGCCACAGAGCCGAUAUGGUCUUGGUGAGUACGGAUCGGCAUUCAGUGCCGUUCAGCCUCGAGCCUCGUCGUCGUACGAGCCGUACGACAUCGCACAGGCUCCAACUCCGACUCCUGCACCGGCACCGCGAGGUGGAAGCGCAGGACCGAGUCGAUACGGGUAUCCCUCCACUUCCGGACGUAAAACGCUCACUAGACAACACCGCUCCAUGGACACUAUGGGACCACUGGAGUCGGAUAUGGGCAUGUCUGGCCAGGAUGGCCCGCUAGCGAUCGCUACGAAUUUCCCCUCGCAUCAGAGCAGUGGUCUUCAUGGUACAUAUCGCGCACCUCUAUCAAAUCCAACAUCGACAAGUCAAAAUUACUGGAGCAACAUAGGGAGAAUGGCGCAGUAUUCCGACGUUGGUGCUGGGAGUGCCGGGCGAUUGCCGGGCUUAACGCUUUCAGCCGAGUAUGAGCAGCUCAAAGCUGAUUACCAAGCAAGUGUAGAGAAGCUAAAUCAAACGAUGAAUUCAAUAAAAACCUUUUGGAGCCCAGAGCUGAAGCGCGAGAGGCAAAUGAGAAGAGAAGUAGAACGAUUACUGCAAACGGCUGGACCUAGCUCGGGUGUGUCACAGGAUGGUCAGUACGCUCAUCUCCGUAUGGAGAUUGCAGCUCGUGACGAGAAGAUUAGGCAACUGAAUACAAUGCUUGAUGAGGGUAUGACGGGUAACUCGAGUCUAGCAGAAAUGAGAAUCCGCGAGCUCGAGGAUGUCGUUUCUCAGCUACAAGAAAUGCUGAAGAGCAACGAACAGCAAAUGUUAACCCAAGUGGAACCGAGUGGUCGUUUUGCUCUCGAGAACGCAUUGCGCAUUGCUGAUGAUAGACAAGCACGGAUAAAUGAACUUCAAGAAGAGCUUUCUCGUCUUCGUAUAGCCAGGGCAGGGCAACCUCGAGACUUCACCGACAAGAGCGUCACAAGUCAUGAGAUGGUCACUCUUCGCAUGAAAAUGGAGCGGUCGGAAGUGGAGCUUAGCGAAAGAAAAGCGGAAUUGGCUCAGUGUCAAGCACGAAUGAGGACUGCGGAAGAGCAAGCAGCCGAUCUACGGCAGCACGUUCAGUUGCUGAAAGAGCAAAUAACAAAUCGUGAACAACAACAUACGCUUCUUCAAGGCGAUGUUGAUGCUCUCAGAUCCAAACUGGAAGGAAAGAAUCAGCAGAUGGAACAACGCGAUCAGCGUAUAGAUCGGUUAGAAAAGGACUUGGCAAAUGCGAAGGGUGAAGUCAGCGAAAAGCAUGAGCAGAUCCAACAGUUGGAUCAUCGAAUAUCUCAGAUGAUGGGACGUAUUGAUGGACUAGAAACAUCGCUCAGAGAUAAGGAGGCAGAGCUCGAUAAAGCAAAAAUCCGGCUUCUUAGUCAUCCUGAUGUCAUCAAGGAAAAGGAGUUCAAGGAGAAGAUUGAUACAUUAACGAUUGAAAAACAACGCAUGCAAGAUCACAUCGAUCAGCUGCGACGGAACUCCGAGAAGGAACGACUCGAGCAGCAAGAAAGUUAUCAAGCAGAGCUUCGGCAGCUGAAGUGUAAUGUGGAGAAUCUCCAGAAGGAGCUCGCUGAUCGCGACGUUCUCUUGGAAUCUCAAAAUGAGAAAAUCGGUGAUAUGGAUAAAGAACUCGCUUCAUCGCGGCAGCGCUUACAAGCCGUCAUGGUUGACAAAGGAGAGAAUGAACUUCGCAGAGAGGUCGAAUCGGCACGAGGUGAAGUGGAGAAGCUUCUGAAAAUGGUGCGGCAGUUGGAAAAGGAAAAUCAGCAGUUGAGUUCGCAGUGUAAACAGCUCCAAAGUGCAGUAGAUCGAGGAGGCACAGAUAGCAGCGGAACAUUGACAAAGGGCGAUUUGCCCACAGUCGUUCCUGGAAGUCUUUUAUCAGGAGGAAUAAGUGCCCAGGCCAAGAAGAGAAUAGAAGAGCUUGAAGAGGCGCUGCGUGAAUCUGUGAGCAUCACAGCUGAAAGGGAAGUUCACUUGUCACAGCAAAAACAUCUGCUCCAUCAAGUGAAUCAGCAGUUGUCUGAUGCACGGAGAGAGAAUACCGAGCUGAGGAAGCGAUUGUCCGAGGGAGGAGUUGCCGAACGUGAACAACUACUAAGAGCUGUUGAGUCUGAGCGGCGACAGCACAUUGAACAGCUGCUGCAGCUCAAGCAAGAAGCGCUUUUGGCGGCAAUAGCAGAAAAAGAUGCUCACCUCGCCCUUCUCGAAAAAUCGCGCGCUCCUCGAGAAGAAAUUGAUACUGUGCGCAGACAUAAAGAAGCACUUAUGCGAAAGCUAAAGCAAGAGAACGAACGCCGUGCCAUGGUCGUCCGACCUGAUAGCGCCGCAAGCGUAAUCCAACCAGGAGCAGCGACUGUUGCUGUUGGUGGCCCUGCCCAGUACAUAGCUCAGCCCAGUCCGCGACAAGGUGAUGUGAUGCCUGCUGAAAUCGACGACUCCGAAGGGAUUUGGGCGUAAAUGACCACUGUUAUGCGUUACCAUUGUCUUUUUCUCAUUUGCUCUUGAACCAUCACAAACCUGAUUUUCUAGUCAUUUGCCAUCUUUUAGGUACUGCUGCAUUAUUAAUCUCCGCAUACAACAUGGUACUGCCGCGCACGCUUUCUCUUACUUACUCAGAGCCUUUUCCCCAUCUAUUCUGCCCAUUCAUAUGUUGUCACCUCUUCAUGACCAUUUUUUUCGCAUUUACUGCGAUUUAUUGCGCUCGCGCAGCAUUACCUGGUGGGAUCAAAUCCUAGAAUUAUCUCUUGCACUUACAGCAUUACCCUUGAUUUUACACUGCGCAAUUCACUUUCUUCACACCUUUUCCAGUGAUUAUCGUUUUUUGCAUGUCUUUCCGCAAUAUGAUCACAGUUUGAACCUCACUUCUUUCAGUCAUAAUAAUUUAUCGGAAUGAACAAUACGAGAUACAGUCAGAAAUGUACA